GAUCUCUUCUGCGGGGUUGCAAUCCUGCCCGAGAGCGCAUAUCUGCGGCGUGAGAGACAAAAGGCUGUACUGAUCUCAUGUUUAUGGUUAUGGAGUUUUUUGAGAAAGCAUCUUGCUUCCUUUUCUUAUUUCCAAAGAUCAAUGCCUACAGUAGCGAACUGGAUGGACAUAUCAUAUCGAGAAUUUGACGACGAAAACUUCAGCAUGCAGACGAGGACUACACCUGAAAAGUUGCUCAAGCCUUGGCUGCCCCAACCGCAGAAAACGUAUAUUUUCAGAAAUGCAAAUAUUAUUAAUCCGGUCGAUGGUUCAGUCCGUUCAAACAGCACCGUGAAGAUAUCUGGCGGCUUCGUAGAGAGCAUCACCGACACUAUCGCCGAGGAAGCAGAGAUAGCCGACUCAGGCGUGACUGUUCUUGAUCUUGGAUCGAAGUACCUCUGUCCCGGGCUGAUAGAUUGCCAUGUGCAUCUCACAGCUGUUCCUGGAGGGAAAGACCUCGGUGGUGCCUUCGGAAUUGCAGAGGAUGUAUCGAAAUUCAGGCAGCCGUUCGUUUGUCAACAAAUGCUCCGUCGAGGGUUCACUACCGUCCGGGACUGCGGCGGUGCUUCUCUGGCUCUAAAAGAAGCAAUUGCAGAGGGUGUAUUUCAGGGUCCUCGUCUGUUCAUUGCCGGCCAUGCUUUGACGCAGACGGGCGGCCAUGCUGAUCUUCGGGCUAGUCAUGAUCAUACUGAGUGCUGUGGUGGCACGGUGACCGGUCUGGGAAGACUCUGCGACGGCGUUCCUGAAUGUAUCAAGUAUGCCAGGGAGGAACUAAGGAGCGGUGCUGAUUUCAUCAAGAUCAUGACCGGCGGAGGUGUAGCUAGUCCUACAGACGCGCUCACCAACCUUCAGUUCACUGCUGAGGAGAUCCAGGCAAUCACAACAGUGGCAGAUACCUAUGACACAUGGGUCACUGCGCACGCGUACACACCUCGUUCAAUAAUGCACGCGAUCAACAACGGGGUCAAGGGCAUAGAGCACGGAAAUAUGAUCGAUACUGAAACAGCUAAGAUCAUGGCCGAAAAAGGCGUCUUUCUGACACCAACCCUAAUCGCAUACUCCGAAAUGUCAUCUCCACGAUGGCCUGGUUUUCUGCCACCAGAAUCAGUCGUAAAGAAUGAAGCAGUUCUUCGCGCGGGAUUGCGCUCUCUUCAAAUCGCCUCCGAGGCUGGUGUGACUUUGUGCUAUGGCACCGAUCUUCUUGGACCUUUAGGUAUUGCGCAGACGAAGGAAUUCGCUAUACGAUCCCAGGUGCUGUCGCCGUUAGCCAUUCUUCAGAGCGCAACGGUAAAUGCAGCAAAGAUGUUACGCAAACCUGAUUUCUUGGGUCAGAUCCAGCCGGGUUUCGCGGCGGAUCUUUUGAUAUUGACGCAGAAUCCCCUUGAGGACGUGACGAUUUUUGAUGAACCUGACAAGAACCUACUAGCUGUGAUCAAGGAUGGGAGGGUAGAGACAAGCCGGUGGUCACAGUUGUCAGAGGAAGUGUCGAACCCUGUAUCAGUCAUUGAGUAGAUGAUCUUGAAAUUGCAUCGCAAGGUGGUUCAUAGGACCUGCAUGCUGGUUUCAAAGAGGAAAAAAAAGCAUGGACAUGGAAUUAGAUAUGAGGAAAGUGGU